UCUCUCUCUCUCUCUCUCUCUCUCAGCAUGGUCAGAUUCAAGAGGAGGUACCUGGUGGUGGAGGUGGUGCCGGAGAGUGGCUACAUCCGGAUGAACACCCUACAUAAGGCGGUGCUGGAGGCUGUCAAGCGGUUGCACGGAGAUUUUGGGGUCGGCGCUGUCAUCCCUGGCUUUGGUGUGAAAUACAUAAAUCCGGAGACCUCUCUUGCGUUCAUCAGCACUGGACGGGGACCCCAUCGGCUGGUGGCCUCGGCGCUGCCCUUCAUCACAGAGGUGGGGGGCCGGCCUGCCACGGUACGCUCCCUCCACCGUGCCGCGUCCAUGAGGCACGGCUUCAUCUUCCUUAAGAAAUACAAUGAAGAGAAACUGAAGCAAUUGGAGGAGCAGCUGCCGCCCAGAGAGAGGGAGCAGCUGCAGAAAGAGAAACGGAAGACUCUCGGUGCCAGAUGACCCUGAUUGGUCCUGUGGUGGUGACCCGAGACAGUGCGCUCGCUGGCCGUCACUGCUGGUUCCCGUGACGUUAGUGAAAGUAGGUUCUCCCAGAGUUAAUGUUCCCCAUCGGACAAGCCCUGGAUGCCACACACUUCCUGGUGCAGCGUGUGUGUUAAACAUUACAAGACCUGAGGCUGUGUUGAAGUAGUGAGCAAAUGUGUCUUUUUGAGUGGCUGCAGUUAAAGGCAACAAACGACAAUAGAAGAAAAAAGUCAUUGGAAAGCAAGACUAGAUUACAUU